CUGCGGAGUCAGUGAGCUGCUGAGGUCCGGACCGGAGACACGCACUGGGACGUUUGCGCGCAAGUCUCAGGACUCUCUGUGAAGUGCUGCUGUUUUAAGUGUCUCCUCAGAAAGGACACAGUGUCCGCUUGUUUUACACGCUGCAAUUCACGAGGUGGAUUUUGCCUUUUCUCUUUUAGUCUUAUUUUGGUUUGAAGACAAUUAAUGGGAGUAGGAUCCGUGUGGGAGAUGAAGACGCAACGGGACUGAGAGGCUUCUCCGUCCUCCGGGACAUUUAAGGACGUCCGGCUGUGGUUUGUUUCCUCUCUGGGACAUGUCUGGUGUCUACGUGGAUUACAACAACAACAGCAUUUGAACUCUGUUUAUCUUGGACGAACAAGUAGUAGCCUGACGCACGGUCCCCGAGGAAAAAGCGCAGCGCCCUCUCCCCAAUGAAAUAUCUCCCUCCCGGAUCAGCUCGUGUCAGUAAGCGGAUCGUGCCCAGUGAGACCCCCGACAGAAGAGACCCUCGCCCCGGUGCAGUGGUCUCCUUGUUGACCCCCCUGGACCCACUCCGUCAGUCGAAGCGGCUUCCUAUCCGAGUCCUCACCAUGUUGACUGCGCACACUGGACACUUGCUGCACCCGGAAUAUUUACAGCCUCUGACGUCCGCACCAGUCAGCAUCGAGCUGGAUGCCAAGAAGAGCCCAUUGGCCCUGCUGGCGCAGACCUGUUCUCAGAUCGGUAAAUCAGACCCUCCAUCUUCCUCAAAGCUGGGCUCCUCCUCCAGCCAUGGGGACAAGGAGCCCAGCAGCCGCUCGUCCAACUCCAUCCUGAAGCUCAGGGAGCGCCGCCCCUCUGUGGAGGACAAAUCCAGCUUCAAGCCCUACAACAAGGGAAACGGGGACUGUCGCAGGGACGGAGUCACCAGCAGCAGCGAUAAAGUUGCGUUCAGAGUGCCCAGCAAUAAUGCUACCACUAAUGGAAAUUCAACCAGUGGCCUGCAGUCCUACCCUCCCCACGCUGCCUCACCAGGUUCGAGAGCCAGCAGCGGCUCCCCAUCAGGACAAGCUCAGCAACAGCAGCCGCCUCAGAAGCAGAGCCAGUCCCCUGGUGGACAGCCCACGUCACACUGUCAGACGCCCAAUGGCGAAGCUGCACAUGAGCGGGGCAGUCCCUCCAGCACGAGCAGCAGCAAUAAUCAUCCUCCCAAAAAAGAUGCUGAUGUAAACAAGGCCGGCUCAGAGAGUCCACACCAUGCGAACUCCAGCCACGCUCGAGCCAGCACAAACUGCAGUAAUGGCAGCUCUGAUGGUUCCAACCAUGACGGAGGUAAAGCGGAGACUGCCCAGCCUAACCUCAGCUCUGGACAUAUUACACCCAUUUCCCCUUACAAAACAAGCCAACCACUCUUCCCCCAUCCCUCAUCAAACAUGGGCUACCAUGGAUCUGUAGUUGGGGCGUACGCAGGCUACCCGUCUCACUUUGUUACUGGGCUGGACCCAACAAAGUCAGGCCUCGGUGUUGGGGGCAUGGCCCUCCCAGGAAAGCACCCGAGCUCCAGCCCUCUCACAGGUUCCUCCCCUCCUUCACUCAUGCAGGGUUUAUGCAGGGACCCCUACUGUCUAAGCUACCCAAGUAUGUCCCAUCUCGGCGGAAGCAACUGCAACUCCUGCAUCCACGACCCUUCCUCAAGCCUCAAAUCAGGCUUCCCGUUGGUGUAUCCCUCCCACCCGCUCCACUCCCUCCACCAAAGCUCCCUCUCAUCCAGCGCGCCCUCCUCCCUCUCCCAUCCACUCUACACGUACGGCUUCAUGCUCCCCAACGACCCCCUGCCUCACGCCUGUAACUGGGUCUCAGCUGGGGGGCCAUGCGACAAACGCUUCCCCACUUCAGAUGAGCUCCUGGCUCACCUCCGCACACACACAGCACUCUCUAUAGGAAUGGACAGUAAGAUGCUCUCUGUUUCCUCCUCUGGACCGGCCUCUUGCCACCUUCACCUCCCCCAGCAGAGCAGUCCGGGCUCCAUGCACAGCUCCCUAUCACUCAGGGCUCCUCCGAGUCUGGGUUUAGCUCGCUAUCACCCCUACAGCAAGGUCCACCUGCCCCCUGGUCCCCCCUCCAUCUCCCUGCACUCUCUGCCCACCACAGGCCCGUACUACCCACACUACGCUCUCUACAGUCAAAGACUUGGAUCCGCAUCUGCACUGGGAUACCAGUGAUACUCCAUCUGCUCAAACAUUUUGAAGACUGGUUUGACGAUUUGGAAAAUGUGCUUAUUCGCUUUCUGGUGGAGAGUUGGAUGAGAAUAUAGCAUCUGCAAAAAAUAAGGCUACAAUCAGCAACCAGUUAGCUUAGCUUAGCACAGACCCUGGAAACAGGGGGAAACUGCUAGCCUGCAUUGUGCAAUUGUAGCAAAAUCCACCUCUGAGUUCCUCUAAAGCUUAGUAUUUAAUGUUUUAAGUUUCACUUUUGUUGCAUGUAAAAAUCAAGUGUAUGAAUGUAAAAACUACAGUUUUCAGUUUUACCAGGGACCAGUUUGCAGAAGACAAGAUGGGCUCACACAUAGCCCCUCGUAAGAUGGCUGCAACAAAAUUUUUGUCAUUAAUGAUUCAUCUGCAGAUUAUGUUUUUCAUUAAUCGACUAAUCACUUAGUCUAUCAGAGGAAAUUUAAAGAAAAAAUCAGCUAAAACAACUAAUCUGUAAAUCAACUAAUUGUUGCUUCUCUAGAGUUGAUUUGUUCCCGACUAUAGUGAACUUUUACCUGGAGACAGAACCUUUGCGCUAAGCCUGCUGCUGCCUGUAGCUUUAUAUUUAAUGUCCAGACCUGACUGGUUUCAGUCUGCUCAUCUGAUUCUCUGCCACAGAACCAAUGAGUGUAUUUACCAAGAUGUCAAAGUAUAACUUAGUCAGUACUUAAUGCGGCAAGUUGCUGCUUCUUGUGACUUCAGACUGGAUUUAAGUGGAACUAGGAUGAAAGACCAAGUCCUGGAUUUUGACUUGAGAGCAUCUUCACAUUUUCUUUAUACAUUAUAUCUGAGGUUUGGUAUUUCUUAUCAGGGCUCUACCCCUAAGGAACAGAGGACACACGUGGCUGUUGCAUGUCUGCACAUUGCUCGGAUACUUUUGCAACAGACUUGACCGCCCCACAGGUGACUCCUUCCGCAACUUGGACUCGGCAAAUUGAUGGUUGGACGCUGUGUAAUAGCUCCUGGAUGUUCAGGGCUCUUGCUGCAAAUGACGAUGAUUAAGAGCAGAAAAAUGUCGUACGGCAGGGGGUGGCAAUUAGCUGAUGUUAGUCUGGCAGCAGUCACCGUCCACCCUGCAAGAGAUGCAUGUAAACUCAACACAGCAGACACACGUGACUGUUUACCCCACGUUUUUCGAUGAUUUUCUUUUGGGUUUUUCUCGUGUUUUGUUCCUCCUGAGAAGUUGUAUUUAUUUAAUACCGGGAAUCUAGCUUUCAUGUUUACCAUAUAAAUCUAUUCUCAUCUUACAGUCCUCUGAGCAAACAUGUGGGAGGCCAGAUGACGGGUGUUGAAUAUAUCGUGUCUUAACGCUCCAGAAUGAAUGUUGAAAUCACAUCUCUCUCUCUCUCUCUUUCUCUUUCUGUCUUUCUCCCUGCAAUCCUCAGCUGUUUUCUUUUCUUUAUUUUCAAAGCAAAUAAAAAAAAAUGAGAUGUGAUAUUUUUUGUAAAAAAAGAAAUGGGGCACCCUGGGGUGGCAUCCAGUGAAAGUGGAGGAUCAUAUUUUGUUAAAUAAAUCACACUGAAUAUGUA